AUGAAAAUAGUAAUAUUAAAAUUAUUGGUUUUUACUAUUUUAUAUUGCAGUUUAUUUGGUUUAGUUAAAUCAAACGGUUGUGCGCUCGAUUGUUUUGGAAAAUAUGAAAAAUGUUUAGAUGCAGUUCAUCCCGGUGGAAAAUGUAGAGCCGAAGAAAGAAGUUGUCUAUCACAAUGUAAUUUUAGCCCAUUCACAACAAAUUGUAUCGAAAAAUGUGAUAAAACAUUUCAAAACUGUCCAGGUUAUUUAGGAGUCAAGUGUUUUGAAGCAGAAAAAGCAUGUUAUGGCGAUUGUUAG